GUGGCCAGACUGGUUCUCAGUCUCCCCUCAGCCGCCGACCACAGUCUUUGUGCCAUUCUUCUUCCUCUGUCGCGUUCCCGCGGCCACCUCCCACAAUAACGCGCGCUCUCGCCAGCACUUCCGCUCUCAGCUACAUCCGGUGCUCUCCCGCCGUGCUCUGCGCGGCCGGUCACAGGAAGCGUAAGGAUGUCUAGCUGGGAGCGUGAGAGCGGACGGGGCUCCGGGGAUGGACGGAACACUGGGGAUGGGCGGAUUUACGUCGGGAAUCUGCCGUCCGAUGUGCGGGAAAAGGAGCUGGAGGAGCUCUUCCAUCGAUACGGCCGAAUCCGCACCGUCGAAUUAAAGAACCGCGGCGGUGCCGCCGCUCCAUUCGCCUUUAUCAGCUUCCAGGACCCGAGGGAUGCGGAAGAUGCCGUGUUCGGGCGGAACGGAUACGAGUUCGGAUCUUGUCGGUUACGGGUGGAGUUCCCGCGAUCUAACAGAGGGCCCGGAGGCGGUUAUGGCGGACCUCGAGGAAGAAACGGCCCCCCAUCCCGGAGAUCGGAGUACCGGGUCCUUGUAUCAGGUCUUCCGCCAUCAGGGAGCUGGCAGGAUUUGAAGGAUCAUAUGAGAGAAGCUGGAGAUGUCUGUUAUGCUGAUGUACACAAAGAUGGAAUGGGAAUAGUGGAAUUUAUACGCAAAGAAGACAUGGAAUACGCUUUGAGGAAACUGGAUGACACUAAAUUUCGGUCUCAUGAAGGUGAAACUUCUUAUAUUCGCGUGUGUGCAGAAAGAAAUGCCAGUUACUCGCGAUCCAGAUCCCGCUCCCGUUCCCGUUCUAGAGGUCGUGAUUCUCCUUAUCAAGCUCGUCGUUCUCCUCGUUAUGCCUCCCCCUUCCGACAGUACUGAGCUGCCACACAGGGACACUUUCUAUAAAAUCAAAUCUGAAGACCAUCUGCUCUUACAUUCCACAACUGAUGGAGUUCAUUAUCUUUUAUACCAUUAUUUCUGCCCCUACUUUUUAUUUUUAAUUUUUUUUUUUUCUUUCUUUUUUUUAAAGGAAAGUGUGAUCUUUGCAUCAGAUGUACUUGUUUUCUUUUACGUUUUGUCAUCUUUUAAAAGGCAACAGACGGUAUUGUGCCUGGUCUGAUGUUCUUUGCAUAAGUGUGCAGUGACAGUGAAUGAUGGCUCUAUGGGGUAUAAAAAAAACUAAAAUGUGGAAUGUUGUGGCACGGGGCAAACAUAAGGGAAGGUACAUGUUUGUCCUUUAUAUAUAGACCUUUUCCCCCUCAAUUUGUUAGAACGAUAUUAUUUGAAAUAACUUUUAAUCCUCCUCAAUCAAGUUUGUAUGUGUUUAUUUUUUCCUUUUUAUUAUGAAAGUGUUUCAGUUAAAGUAAACAUCUGUAGCUGUCCUAAUAAAACAGUGAGAUUUCCAAAA